AUGGUGAGCGCUAGUAGUAUUCAAGGAAAAUUAUAUCGUUCAUCCACAAAUUGCAAACAAUCAUCUUCAUGGAAAUCAUUUGCUUAUUCAUCUCCGUGUUCACAAGAUAUUAUAUCGGAUUAUUAUCCGUUAAGAGAGAUCAAGAAAGUCCCACAUAUCAGCAUGGCCUAUCAUGAUGAACAACGACAAAAUAAAGUUGUUAAAAGAAUGUUCACAAAUACACGAGAAAGAUGGAGACAGAAGAAUGUUAAUCAUGCUUUUGGUGAAUUAAGAAAACUCUUACCUACAUACCCAUACGAUAAGAAACUAUCGAAAAAUGAAAUUUUAAGGCUUGCGAUGAGAUAUAUUCAGUUCUUGGACAAACUCUUACAUGAUAUGGACACAAUGGACAGCGAAUAUUUAAAUAGCAGAUGGGAUAAACAGUUUCCAUACAGCGCACAGUAUGGCAUUGAAUACACACAAUGUUCUCAAUAUGAUGCUGUAUAUAGUCCACAGUAA